AUGUUGUCCUAUGAAAAGGCGACUAUCUAUCUAUCUAUCUAUGUUUUUUUCUUGCUAUCUAUGCAUCUAUUUACCUAUAUUAUUCUUUCUUUUCAUAUCUAUCUAUCUAUCUAUCUAUCUAUCUAUCUAUCUAUCUAUCUAUCUACCCUUGUCUUUUUCUUCCUAUCUAUCUAUACGUGUCUUUUUCUUCCUAUCUAUCUAUCUAUCUAUCUAUCUAUCUAUCUAUCUAUCUCUGUUAUUCUUUCUUUUCAUAUCUAUCUAUCUAUCUAUCUAUCUAAACUUGUCUUUUUCUGCCUAUCUAUCUAUACGUGUCUUUUUCUUCUUAUCUAUCUAUCUAUCUAUCUAUCUAUCUAUCUAUCUAUCUAUCUAUGUUAUUAUUUCUUUUCAUAUCUAUCUAUCUAUCUAUCUAUCUUUGUCUUUUUUUCCCUAUAUCGGAUUAUUAGAAAUGCUUCUUUAUCUAUCUAUCUAUCUAUCUAUCCUAAAUAG